GUUGAUUUGUAUCCUAUGUUAGGACCUAUGCUAUCUUCUCGGACACCCGUGUGUUGUGUAGGUAGAUACCUAAGGUAGCCUUUACUAUAAAAGUUGUCUGUUGCACCCUUGAGUGCCAGCUGGGGGCCAAUCAAGACCCUGUAAUACCAGAACUUUUCAUUUAUAUAUCCUUGAAGAAUACUGUGCCAUCUAGCCUCUUGUCAAUAUGGCUUAAGUUGUUAAAUAUCCCUCAUAAAAAUGAUAUGUCAUUAAUAGGCCCCUCAACAUCUCCCCCAACAGCAUUUCGACGGUGGUGUAGGGAACCUAGGUCUCGGUAUACGCUUAUAGUUGGUUUCAGACCAUCCACACACCCUACCAAAUCCGCACACUUCAAGAAUACAACAAGGCUACGCAGUCACUGGAAGUGUGGUGUAAGCCUGCAGUCUCAUAUGUCCGUACACUAAUAGUUAAAAUGACCACUGGACGCCACUUGAACACGCAAUAUGACGGAGAUUUGGUUUAAGACGAGAUCUAUCUUCAUUGAGCAUCAUCGCCCUUUAAUACCAUUUAGGGGUAGAAGGCAACAGCAUCUGAAAGCUGCUUAGCAGAAAAUAUGUGUCUCGUCACUGAUAUUUCCCAAUGAACCCUCCGUAGAAUCCCCAGGUCAUCUAGGGAUGUCUGCUGCCCCUUUCCAAGAUGCACUUCACACUCCCGAUCCUCCUAUUCUCCCUAACCGCAUCCUCUCUCCCCGAAAACCCCCCCUCCCACCAAAAUUCCAAUACCGCGCACAAAAAAAGCCUCAGCAGCAAGUCCAAGCCCGACUCCCAGCACCAACCCAAGUACUUCCACGAAGCAGGCGGCACGCUCGAGCUGGGGCACUACGACGCGCGGUUCUUCCAGGGCGUGGUGCCGUACGCGGAGCACGGCCCGGCGCUGCAGCGGCUCAUCCGGUCGUGGCUCACGACGACGCACGAGCUCGGCGUUGACACCUGGCUCGCGCACGGGACGCUGCUGGGCUGGUGGUGGAACGGCCGCGUCAUGCCCUGGGACUACGAUCUCGACGUGCAGAUGCCGACGGCUACGCUGUCGUAUCUAGGGCGCCAUUUCAACCGCACGCUGCACGAUUAUCGCUUUAUCGUUGAGGGGGGGCAGGGGGGCGGGGAGAGGAUUAUUGCUGGUGGGGGGGGUGCUGAUACUGGGAAUGGAGAUAGGGACAGGGAUAGAGACACCGGCAUAGACGACGGACCCGGACCCAUCGCAUACAUCAACAAAACGUACCUCCUAGACGUCAACCCGCACCACGCGGACCUGGCGCGCGGCAACGGCGCCAACAUCAUCGACGCGCGGUGGAUCGACACGGGGACCGGGCUCUUCAUCGACAUCACGGGGCUGGCGGAGCGGGACGCGGCAGGGGCGCCGGGGGUCUGGAGCUGCAAGAACGCGCACCGGUACCGCACGCGCGAGAUCUACCCCGUGCGGCGCACCGAGUUCGAGGGCGUGCCGGCGCGCGUGCCGUACGCCUUCGAUAAGAUCCUGACGGACGAGUAUGGCGCCAAGAGUCUUGUUAAUACGGAGUGGGCUGGGUGAGUAAACCGUACCAGCUUUUGGAAGGGGGGGGGGUUGUUAAUAUGCGCAUUUAUUUACCUUCUCAGCCCCCGACUAUUUUAAUUUUGGUUUUUAUUCUUUUUAAUUUCUAUACUUCUUCCGCCCCCUGGAAAAAGCAAACAGUAAGGUGAUGAUGCUGACCGGCGUGGUAGACAUCGCUGGGUGCCGGAGCUCAAGGAGUGGGUUAGGAACCCGGAGCCGCGGCCGGGCGACAAGGACAAGGACAAGGACAAGGAGGAGGUUAAGACGGGUGCGAAGCAGCAGCAGGAUGGGAAGGCUGUGGUGGUGGUUGUGGAGAAGACGGUUGUAAAGGGGGCGCGAUAAGAGCUGUUGCUUAUGGUAAACCUUCCCCUGAGUUUAGAUUCUGGGAGAUGUAAUUUCCUAUAUAUAAAUGAAAUGUCUCUUGUAAGUAGAACGAGAUAGAUAUAACCUUUCCCCCUUGCUGAGCUCAUCUCUAUUUCAGGGGCAAUGAAGGACAAACGUUAUACCACGAAUAAAAGCAUCCCAC